GCAACAAGUUAGGCUGAGUCGUGGUUAUAUACACCGGCGGCGGAGCACGCGUGUGUGCGGACGCAGUUCCGUGAGGGUCCCCUGCCAUCCGUCCUACUGUGGAGCAGAGCUUGUUCCUCUCCCGCUCAGCCGCGCAGGUUGAAUUGACCAAAGCAAUGGUUAUGGAGAAGCCUAGUCCCCUGCUGGUCGGGCGGGAAUUUGUGAGACAGUAUUACACACUGCUGAACCAGGCCCCAGACAUGCUGCACAGAUUUUAUGGAAAAAACUCUUCUUAUGUCCAUGGAGGUUUGGAUUCAAAUGGAAAACCAGCAGAUGCGGUCUAUGGACAAAAAGAAAUUCAUAGGAAGGUGAUGUCACAAAACUUUACCAACUGCCACACUAAGAUUCGCCAUGUUGACGCUCAUGCUACUCUAAAUGAUGGUGUAGUAGUCCAGGUGAUGGGGCUGCUCUCUAAUAACAACCAGGCUUUGAGGAGAUUCAUGCAGACGUUUGUCCUUGCUCCUGAGGGCUCUGUUGCAAAUAAGUUCUAUGUUCACAAUGAUAUCUUCAGAUACCAAGAUGAAGUAUUUGGUGGCUUUGUUACUGAGCCUCAGGAGGAAUCUGAGGAAGAAGUAGAGGAGCCUGAAGAAAGACAGCCAACACCGGAGGUGGUACCUGAUGAUGCUGGAACUUUCUAUGAUCAGGCUGUCAGCAAUGACUUAGAAGAACAUUUAGAGGAACCUGUUGCUGAACCAGAGCCUGAUCCUGAACCAGAACCGGAGCAGGAACCUGUGUCUGAAAUCCAGGAGGAAAAGUCUGAGCCAGUAUUAGAAGAAACUGCCGCUGAGGAUGCUCAGAAGAGUCCCUCCCCAGCACCUGCAGACAUAGCUCAGACAGCACAGGAGGACUUGAGGACAUUUUCUUGGGCAUCUGUGACCAGUAAGAACCUUCCACCCAGUGGAGCUGUUCCAGUUACUGGGAUCCCACCUCAUGUUGUUAAAGUCCCAGCUUCACAGCCCCGUCCAGAGUCUAAGCCUGAAUCCCAGAUUCCACAGCAGAGGCCUCAGAGGGAUCAAAGAGUACGGGAACAACGAAUAAAUAUUCCUCCACAGAGGGGCCCUAGACCAAUUCGUGAGGCUGGUGAGCAAGGUGAUGUUGAACCUCGAAGAAUUGUGAGACACCCUGACAGUCACCAACUCUUCAUUGGCAACCUGCCUCAUGAGGUGGACAAAUCGGAGCUUAAAGAUUUCUUUCAAAAUUAUGGGAAUGUGGUGGAACUGCGCAUUAAUAGCGGUGGGAAAUUACCCAAUUUUGGUUUUGUUGUGUUUGAUGACUCUGAACCUGUUCAGAAGGUUCUUAGCAACAGGCCUAUUAUGUUCAGAGGUGAAGUCCGUCUGAAUGUGGAAGAGAAGAAGACUCGAGCCGCCAGGGAAGGUGACCGUCGAGAUAACCGCCUGCGGGGACCUGGAGGCCCUCGAGGUGGGCUGGGUGGUGGAAUGAGAGGCCCUCCCCGUGGAGGCAUGGUGCAGAAACCAGGAUUUGGAGUGGGAAGGGGCAUUGCUCCAAGGCAGUGAAUUCCUUUUCACUGGUCGUCACGCAACAGUACAAACCCUAGCUCUUGCACAAGGGUGAAUUUCUUCAGCCACCCUUUGGUAUCUUGGAGUAUGAUCCUAGUCUGUCAUAAACUGCUUAAGUUUGUACACUUUUACUCCUUUUUGUGUUAAUGGUGUGUUUGCCCUUCCCCUCCCUUUCCCCUCCUGACCUUUUAGUCCUUCACUUCCAAUUUUGUGGAAUGAUAUUUUAGGAAAACGGAUUUUUAAAGAAGAAAAAAAAAAAAAGACUGAAUUUCCUUGCUUACUUUGCAUUAUACAGACUGGAUUUUUUUUUUUUAAAUAGCCAUUUCCCCAAAGGAAUGUGUCUUGCUUCUUACUGACAUUUGGUAUGUUUCAUUCAUUGGACUAUUUCUUACUUAUUUUCUACGUGUUUCAAAAGCCUGUAAGAAAUACAGGAUUUGAUAAAAACAUUUUGAAGGCAAGAAAUACUGAAAUUGUUUCUUCUUUUGAGAGUCAUGACUACCUUCUGCUGUGGAGAAAUUGCCAUUGGAAAAAUUGACAAUUUGAUUCCUGCUGGUAUGGUUACAAACUGAAUAAAAAGUGUUAGAGUUUUUUCUUUUGAUAUCACAAUUUCAAAACCUACUGUUUUUUACCAUUGAAAUUUAAAUUGUGUGGUGAGUUUUAAACAUCUAGAGUGCAACCGAUAUGGUUUUCUCUUGAACUGUUAAAUUUUUUUGAAGUCGAGUUUUUAUGUGUUUAAUUUGUAAUUGUAAAAAAACAAAGAAAUCUCCCAAAUCCAAAUAACAAAAAACAGAGCAAAACUGUUGUGCCUUCUAUUUAUCUUUGAUUCCAUUCUUGGCAAUUGUUUAAAGAAAAAUAAUAACAAAAAGUCUAGAUUUGUUUUCAUCAGGUUCAGAGUAUGUGGGGAACUUUAGAGCCCUUCAUCACCUUGUAUCUUUUGUUAACAUUUGUUGCGCCUUAUUCUGAAAUUGAGUCUCAAACUGGAAUGCCUUUGAGGACAGAUGCUUCUGUAGAGGUCCUUUGACCUAAAUAUUUCAGCAUUUGUAUUAAGUUUUAUUUCGGUAUCUAAUCAGAUUCCUAAUCAUAGCUCAUAAGAAGGAAUGUAACUUUAAUAUUGGACUUUGCUGAUGUGCUUCAGUGUUCACUAGUUUUUUUUUUUUCCUUUAAAUCAUAGCCAUGUGAUAAAUUUUCUAUUUUGUUAUGGUUCUCUUCUGUUGAUGGGCAUGGAGUGGGUGUUUCUUGGAAUGGCCAAUUUUUAUUAAAAUAUUUCUGGAAGAAAAUUUAAUCUGACAAUAUAGACUAAUGCUCCUUUUACAAGUUGUUAUUUGUUGAGUGCUGUGUGUGAAGUGGAUGAAGAUUUUGUUCACACAUUUGUGAAGCAAGCCUUUGUGUGAUAACUUGUCAUUACUAAUUGAAGGGCAGCAAGGUUGUCAAAUGUAACUUAUUUAUUUUCUUCUUCACAGUGUUCAUCUUUACGACUGUUGUUUAAGGAUAGUAUAUGAAUAGGAAUUAGGAACAUUUUAUUUGUUUUGCUGUUACUGAGAAACUCUAGGUUUGCUGAAGGAUGUAGUCUUAAACUAAGAUUAAAAUGAAGUUUGAUGUUAUCAGUUUGGCCCUCAGUACCUCAAAUAUUUGAAAAUUGUCAGGAUCCCCUUCACAUAAAGAAACUUAAGUAACUGAGUCACACAGCUGUCCUUUGGGUCAUUUCAGAUAACUACUUGGUAACUACUUCAUUUGGCCAAGGCCAUUGAUAAUUAGAAGAAAUUCAGCUUGUAGUUUUAUAGCUUAUAUUAAGCUUGUGGUAGAAAGCAAAAAAGUUAGCCUGAGUUAUUUCUGGAAAAAAAAAAAUUCAGGUUGUAGAAACUUUACAUUAUAAAUCAUGGUUGACCUAGAUAUUACUUUCCACAAGUGGAUACUGAACUGUGCAUUUCAAAACAGGAGCUCUUCCUACUCCCAGACUUAAGGGCACUAACUAGAUGCAGUGAUUUUCGACUUGGGGUUGUUAAACACCUCCUAGAACGCAUUUGGAAGUGUGUGAGUUUUUAGGUGGCUGAAGGGAGAUACUACACCUGGCAUUUAGUGGGUAGGGCCAAAGAUGCCAAGUGUUUGUAAAAUCAAGCAGUCUCACUGAGGAUACUGAUAGUCCCUCCUCCUGCCAUGUAUGGUGAGGGGAGUGGUGGGAUUAGGAAAGCUGGAGUGAAGACUCAUCUUUUGAAGUACAGCUUCAUAUAAAUGGACUGAUUAGGAAAUAGAACACUUUUUCAGGAAUUAUAGUGUCAUUACCAAUUUUCCCCCCUAAAUGGGAGUCAGAGUAUGCUAGAUAAAUUCUAACUUGUUGCAGGAAAUCACUGUAUAAUUGGAAAACAAAAGGCUAUUCCAGUAAUUUCAGAUCGACAGAAUUGGAUGAUUGUGGAAUUUCAGAUACCACUGGACCUGAGAAAUAGGAUCAAGCAUCACAGCUAACACUGUCAAGAACCUUGGUAUCAUUGUUUAUGUUGUUGGUGAUGGGAUAAACUUGAGACACUAGAGAUACAUACCUUCACACAAAGUGAAAAUAACCAUGGAUGUAGUUUUGUGUAAAAAGUAAGCCUUACUCAAUUAAGAAUUCUUAAUUUUUUCCUUGGAGAAAAACUGUUCCAUUGAUUUACUUGGUUUUAAGUUAAAUACCCUUUUAAAAUUAGGGCAGGAUUUUCUGUAGGCAGUAUGAGCUCAUCACCUUGAGGUUGGUCAGGUUUUAAAACACAAUUCUCAUCUGUCCAAAUGGCUCAAUGUAUAGUUCUUGACUUUUCAGCUUAUAACCCCUUGACCUGUUACUAUUUUAGCUAGGUGAGAUUAGAUUGGUUCACCGGGUCUUGGUCUUUUAAGGUCUGUUCAAAAAUAGAUUUUGGUACUUCCAUGAAUCUCUUUUUGUAUGGUUUUAUGGUGAGGUUGGGCUUUACUUGUAUAUUCCUUUGUCCUCAACUUUGAGCUAUUGCUGAGGUGCAGUGGAACAGAUCCAAAAAUAAUUAUUUGGCUUUGGAUGAGUAGGGUACUACCAGAGAAUUAGUGAAAUUGCACUUUAGUUUUAGGUUAGAAAACUUUUAAACUGUCCUAUGGAUUAGGUGACCACCUAAUAAUAAUAUAUUUUGAUAUAUUAUUGUCUAAAUAUAUAAUAUUGUCUAAAAUAGUAGAUGAGGAAGAAACAGCAUCAGCACAGUUAAAUGAAAAGGCCUCCAGGUCACACAUGUAGCAAGUAGCAGAUUGGCCUCCAAAAUGGAUGCUUUUUCUAAAGAACCAUCAUGCUUAGCCAUUUACAUCGGAAUGACUUAUUUAGUGAAUAAGACAUUACAGUAAUAAAAUUACUACAGUAUAGAGACUUGAGCCUGGAAAAUAUUCAAAACAGGGUUAGCAUUUCUCUUCUCCGUUUCCUGUAGGGUAAACAAGUUAAUUGAACUUUGAUUUUGCAGGGCUCCUUUUGGUUUGCAGGUUCUCUAUAUGGUAAUACAGUAAUAGUUAUUUGUUCUUAUGUUCUUGAUUGGUUUGACAAUGUGUCUAGUACAAACUUGAAACCUGGAUAUGGAUGAUAACAAUAUUUUUAUUAGAGCAUAAUCCAGGUGAGAUUAUAGCAAUUGUGUUUUGUGCUUAUAACUGCCAUCCCUUGAAACUUAUUUGAAAACCUUUUUGUAGAGUUGGAUGAUUUUCGUGGAUAAUGUGGCACUUUAUAGAAAGUAGUUUGUUAGACUCUGUAUGGAAAUGACCUUCUUCUGAAGUUUGAAUUUGUAGACCAUUGUUUAUUCUAAGUAAAUGGUUGGCAUUUAUCAAGUCUACUGAUCUUUUCUAUUGAAGCUGUUUUAUUUUUAUGCUACUUAAACAAAUCUGCAGGAACUGCACAUAAAUGAGAUAAUCGUUGAUCUUUUAGCUCAGUAAUUUUCAGCCUUGUAAAAGAAUAAACGUUAACAUUUAUUUGAACCUGGGAUUCUAGCUAACUGCCUGAUGUACCAAAUGGGCAGAGAACAAUUAGAGAUAGCCUUCCACAAAUGUUUUAGAAACCUGAAGAAUGUUUUAGAAACUUAGAAAUUUGUGUUGAUUGGGGGGAGGGGAGCUUUAAAGUUGCCAAUGAAGUAAUGGCCGUGUGGCACUAGAUGAUAACUAAGUAUUUCUGGUUUUAAGAUUGUCAUGUCUUUUGGGGGUUUGUAUUUGUUUACUGUGAUAUUGAGGUUCAGGGGACCUUAGGUAGGCUUGUGAACUCUUAACCAUAGUAAAGGAGAAAAGGUGCAUGUGUGAGAUCAAAUUUAUUUCUAUUUACAUUAUUCUUAGUAGAUAUGUAUCUCAUUCAGGGUAUACUGAAGUUAGACUGCCUUGCUAAUGCUGUCAUGUCUCAGUAAUGGCCUGAAGGAGUAAAAGUGAUUUAGUAAAGAGGUAGCCUAAAACUCUUAACCAGUUUUGGUUUUGAUUAUUCAUAUAUAUUGGUUUAGAAUCAAGGUUGUUAGUUUUUUGCUGGUAUGACUUGUUGGAAAACCUUGGACAGUCUCCCUUCCUCCAGUUGCCACUGGAACCUGGUUGCUUUUUUUCGUUCUCCAUUAGAAGAAAAGUUAUUGGGAAUCAGUGCCACUAUUAUUUCCUCAAACCGUGUGACCUGGCUGAUUAUAGAAAUUGGUACUUUGAAAUGUGAGCAGGGUCACAGGUUCCUAAGGGCCAGGCAUCCAGUGUGUCUUAGGUUUUUUAGUAAAUUAAGGGAUAUUUACCAAAAUUUCACUAUUGAGCUACUUUGUUUUUCAGGAGCCUACUUAUGGAAAGUUUGCUUGUAUGUUUGAUAUUAGAUGGAAGAUUAUAUCUUGUUUAAUUAAUCUGAAGAGAAGCAGUUUUAACUACUGCUGAAACUAACCACUUUGGUUUCUGAUACUCAAACAUUGAUGUCACCUUCACCUGUUUCAUUUUGGAUUUGACAAAUUCUUCAAUAUUUUAUGAAGUAUAUAUAUAUAUACAUGCCAGUUUGACCUUUUAAAAUGAAGAUAUAAUACCAAGAAGCUGGCAUAAGGAAGCAGGCAAGAAGGGAACGUCCCCCUUUUUUGGGUGAGUCUCUGCACACUUAAGUAGACUGUAGAACAUGUAUUUAAAAAUAAAUUCAUAUGAGUAGAUGUUAAGAUUUGGAAGAAGGGAGGGAUAGAGGUGGAACUUAGCUGUUGGAAACAGCUAUUUGUGAUUUAUAUGGAAAAAACUUAAAAAUUAAGUGAGAAACAUCUGAACAUUUCCUUAACAAUUUUGCUUCCCAUUCUGAUUAUCACCUCAAGGGAUAGAAGAGAUUCCUAGAAUUCUUUGACUCAUAGAAUGUUGGUGCUGGAAAGAACUAGGAGAUUUUUUUUUAUAACCCCUUCAUUUUACAAAAGAAAGAUGGCUCAGAGAAUCAAUUAGUAGAGUGUCCUUAAUUAGCUUGUUGAAGCUAUAUGGAGCACCUUCAGGGAUCACCAGUAGGUUCACUGUAGGAAGUACAGUGCUGUUAAAGUUUGGGUUGUGGGAAGAAAAGGGAAGGUGCCACAUUUUAUCUGCUUACCCAGUUGCUUCUGCAGUUCAGUUUUCCUACCCAGGUUUUCUCUGUUUUCUUAGAACGAUCUUAAUGCCCAGUUCUACCAGGGCUUGUUGUCUAAGGACAUUAGCUUGUGCUUCCCUCAGGGAUGGGUUUACUACUAGUUGUCAGAAAGCUAUUGGGUAUCCUAAUGUGUUAAUAGCUGAAACUCAGCUGUAAUUUUCUCCUAAAUCCUUCAGCAUUUUGCAUUCUGUACAUUGUGGUGCUUAUUCCACCUUGUAUUGUUAUAACUGUAAGCUCCUAGGGGGCAGCAAUUUGGUCUUAGAUAUGUACCCUCUUCAGUGCCUGGCAACGUCGUGUAUAUGUAUCAGGGUCCUAAUUUUCCUUUCCAGCUGUUCGUCCAUUCACAGAAGUGAUGCCCCAGCCAUCACUGGUUUCUCCAAUAAGCCAGACAUUGCUGAUCUUUGACUUCAAGUGCCUUCUCUCUUCCCUGAAGAUACAUUUGAAUUGUACCCCCUCCAUCUCUUGCCAUUAAGAUUAAGACUGUCCCCCCACCCCCACCCCAAGAGAAUAGAUUUGCGACAGAAAGGGGAAGUCCCUUUUUGAGUAAUCUUGCUUUCAAGGGCCUGAUCUGGCCAGAAUUUGAAGUGGGGAACAAGUUCAUUCUUUCUUACCUGCAUGUCCCUCGUGUUUGAGGGUCUGCCCCAACUUUCUUUUUUAAAAUAUGUGUUCCUAGAGCACUUUAUACCGUUAUAAUAGCACAUAACUUACACCUUCAGCCUAGAGUUAGAAUUUUACCUGGCUCCGUUUUACUACCUAAUUAGACUAUAAGCUCUAAAGUUAGAGUAUGGGAUUGGGGGAUUAAUACCUGUAUUCCACCAGAAGGUACAGUGACUUACAUGAAAGGCCCUAGGUGAUGACUCUGAGUUGGAUCACUUAGUGGAUUUCUGUUGUCAUUCUCACAGGGGAGGCAUUCCGGGAGAUACGCCUUCAUUCAGUAAAUUCUAGGCAUUAUGACAUUUCAGUGGAGGAGCCUGCUGGGAGAUUUUGGAGGGGUGAUCAGAGGAGGGAGGAAGUCACUGCUUAUUUUGAGGUACUUCCAUACCUGGUCUGGGUUAUUAGCCAUUUCUUUUUGAUUGCGCCUGGUAUAUUCCAGACACUUUGUUUCUAUGCAGAAGGAUAUCAUGUGCUGAUUUUCACAAACCUACAUCACUCGUGCAACAAGUCUGAGUCUUCUUUCUUCCCUUUUUCUUACUUCCCUCAUCCAAAUCUCCAGCUAAGUCCUGUCAGUUCUACCUCAACAGUCUUUCACAUCUCUUUCCUCCUCACUUUGAUAACUUUAAUAGCCUCUCAGCUUCUCAUCUCACGCUCCCCAGCCUACUUUAUACACAAUAUUAGAUUCAUCUUACUGAAAGAGCUCUGACCAUGUACCUCAUGUAUGUGUUCUAUCUCCCCUACUAGACUGUAAGCUCCUUAUGGGCAGGAUCUGUGUCUGAGUCAUCAUUGUAUCUCCCAUAGCACCUAUCAAUAAAUACUUCUUGAAUGAACAAA